GUGGAACUUGACGUCCUGUGGAACCAGCGUAGCCAGCUCAGAGUGCAGCGAGGAGCUGUUCUCCUCGGUUUCGGUUGGCGAUCAGGACGACUGUUACUCGCUGCUGGAUGACCAGGAGUUCACCUCCUUCGAUUUGUUCCCCGAGGGCAGCGUCUGCAGUGAUGUCUCCUCUUCCAUCAGCACCUACUGGGAUUGGUCAGACAGUGAGUUCGAAUGGCAGUUGCCUGGCAGCGACAUUACGAGUGGGAGCGAUGUACUUUCCGAUGUUAUACCUAGUAUUCCGAGCUCACCUUGUCUGCUUCCGAAAAAGAAAAACAAGCAUAGGAAUCUUGAUGAACUUCCAUGGAGUGCAAUGACAAAUGAUGAACAGGUUGAGUAUAUUGAAUAUUUGAGUCGCAAAGUCAGUACGGAGAUGGGCCUUCGAGAGCAACUUGAUAUUAUUAAAAUUAUUGAUCCUACUGCUCAGAUAUCACCUACAGAUAGCGAAUUCAUUAUUGAAUUGAACUGUCUCACAGAUGAAAAGCUGAAACAGGUGAGAAACUAUAUCAAGGAGCAUGGACCUCGUCAACGGUCUGCAAGGGAAGGCUGGAAGAGGAGUAGCUACAGUUGCGCCAGUACCAGUGGUGUGAGCGGCGCCAGUGCCAGCAGCAGCAGUGCCAGCAUGGUCAGCUCAGCAAGCAGCAGUGGUUCUAGUGUGGCUAACUCCACCUCAAACUCGAGUGCCAACAUGAGUCGAGCGCACAGUGAUAGUAAUUUGUCCACAAGUGCUGCAGAGAGGAUCCGGGAUUCAAAAAAACGUUCCAAGCAACGGAAACUACAGCAAAAGGCCUUACGCAAGAGACAGCUGAAAGAACAAAGACAAGCUCGUAAGGAAAGACUGAGUGGAUUAUUUCUUAAUGAAGAAGUGCUCUCUUUAAAAGUGACUGAGGAGGACCAUGAAGGAGAUGUGGAUGUUUUAAUGUGACAGGGGUGAAUUUGUCAGUGUUCUUUCUAAGCCUUAAAUGUAUUAUCCUUAUUGUUUACAUAUAUUUCUUGACCAAAUUUUGAUUAGCGCUAACAGUAUAAACCAGAUAUUUUCUCAAGUGUAAUUUGGUAAGAAGGUCUAAGUAUUGAGUGACUUCAGCUUUUUGAGACUGACUUUUGCAACAAAGACUUCAGAACU